CCGUUCCUCCUCCGUCCCCGGCGAAGCCGAAUUCGACCGUGACGCCGCCAGCUCCGCCUCCUAGUUCUGCUGCAGCUCCUCCUCCUGCGUCCGCGCCGCCGCCCGAAGCUCCGACCGCUUCUCCGCCUCCGCCGGAGGUUCCGACCACUCCUGCCACUCCUCGGACAACGCCAACGCCGUCGUUGCCACCUGCGCCCGCGGCCCCGUCAAAGUCUUCGUCGCCGCCGGAAACUCCUCCGCCAUCGCCAGAGAAGCCGAACGCGCCACCGCCAUCCGCGCCAAUUCCCGCCACUCCUUCUCCUACUGAAGAAGCUCGGCCGCCUCCUGCAGAAACUCCAGCACCACUGUCGCCGGCGGAACGUCCGCAAUCUCCGGCGACGCCAUCAGCAGUCCCGCCUGCGAACCGUUCGAGUGAUUUUACGCCGCCGAGCUUGGCUUCACCAGAGCCACCUCCUCUAACCCCUCCCGUUACGCCUCCUCCGGCUCCGCCAGUGAAUUCGACCGCCACACCGCCGGUGGCCGUUGGAGGUCAAGCGGGUCAACUUCCGGAAACGGCGUCUCACGUACCGACAGGGUUGAUCGCUGGGGCAGCCAUGGGUGGGGUGGCUCUGAUGGUGAUGCUUGGGAUUCUCUUGUUCGUUUGUUUAAAAUGCAAGAGAAAGCAAGGACCCACCGCUGGGAAAGUUGGUUACGGAUCGUAUUCCUCCUGCUCAAAAGAUGAUGUUUGUGCUGCUCCUCCUCGAGGUUUUCAGCAUCCAAGUGGGAAUGUUCAGCCCCAGUCAAGGGCUCAUAUCAUUGCCGUGCCACCAAAGGCCUUGGCCAUUGCCCCACCUAAUCUUGUGAGCGGCAAUGGAGGUUCCGGUACUGCUAACUGGGCGCCUGAGUUACAUCCGCCCCUCGUGGCUUCCUUGAGCCUCUCGAGAGGCACUUUCACGUAUGGUGAAUUAGUUGAAGCAACUGAUAGCUUCUCUGAGGCAAACCUUCUCGGGGAAGGCGGUUUUGGCUAUGUCCACAAGGGAGUCCUUCCAAAUGGGAAAGAAAUUGCUGUUAAGCAGUUAAGGAUUGGAAGCCACCAGGGAGAACGGGAAUUUCAAGCUGAGCUUGAUAUCAUCAACCGUGUGCAUCACAAACAUCUUGUUACGUUGCUUGGAUACUGCAUAACUGGGGCAGGGAGGUUUCUGGUUUAUGAGUUUGUUCCCAACAACACUCUAGAAUUUCACUUACACGGAAAUGGGCGGCCUGUUCUUGAUUGGAGAACCCGAGUAAAAAUUGCAGUAGGAACUGCAAAAGGACUGGCCUAUCUCCAAGAGGACUGUAGCCCAACAAUCAUUCAUCGCGAUAUAAAGGCAGCCAAUAUUCUUCUUGACUUUAAUUUUGAGGCAAAGGUUUCUGAUUUUGGGCUUGCCAAGUUCUUUUCUAAUAGUACUGCUAACGUUUCUCAUAUUUCCACCAGAGUGGUAGGAACUUUUGGGUACCUGGCCCCUGAGUAUGCAUCAAGUGGUAAAUUGACAGAAAAGUCAGAUGUAUAUUCAUUCGGCGUCUUGCUUUUAGAGCUUAUCACUGGAAGUCCACCUAUUAUGAGAACAGAGUCAUCGACAAAUGAGCAAGGGUUGGUCGAAUGGGCCAGACCUUUACUUAACCAAGCUAGCGAGACCGGCAAAAUGGACAAAAUUGUUGAUCCAAGAUUGCAGAAUAAUUUUGAUUCCAACGAGAUGUUGAGCAUGAUUGGAUGUGCUGCUGCUUGUGUGCGUCAUUCAGCGUGGCUCCGGCCAAGAAUGAGCCAGAUAGUUUGCGCGUUGGAAGGAGAAGGAUCUCUAGCAGAUCUAGAUGAAGGAGUCAGACCAGGUCAAAGCAAAGUUUACAGUUCUUCAGAAAUGAGGAAAUUUUCUAUGAUACUGGGGAGUCGCGAAGACGGCAAUAGUCGACAAAGUGAUAACACCAGUGAAUAUGGUCUUUACCCUUCUUGUUCAAGCAGUGAAACCCAUAGCCGAUAAGGCAUGUACAGCGAAGACAAAGGGAAGCUUCAAACUUCUUGCCCAACUGAAGUUAUCAAAACCUUUUUAUUCUUCUCUCCCUGUUUUUUUUUUCCUCUUCGGAUGAUCACUCCUGAAAUUCCUGUUGAGGAAUUGUUUGAAGAUCGGACCCCUCGAUGAUAGGUACUUUCCUCACUGCUGAUUCUUUCCUAACACGUUUCCGAUUUUUGUAACAUGUGAAAGUCUUCUCCGUCAAGAUGAUCUAACAAAGCCUGUAUCUACUGCAUUCUCAUUUAUAAUGUAAGAGCUCUGAAUUCAGCAAAUGAGUUCGUUGGUGA